CUCCACUCCCACUCCUGCAGUAGAAUCUAUACUGUUUGGUACAGCGGAAGCUGUAGGUAGGGCAUCGUCCAAACUCCAAACUCCAUUUGCAUUUCUGGGCGGAGGAACAACCGCCGGCGAUCAGGGCUAGAGAGCUCGCCGUGGACAGCCUCCUCCUAGCUCCCCUCUCCCCGCCGCACGCCGUCUCCUCCAAUCUGCGGCCUGACCUCCUCGCGCGCUCGGCCGGCACGGCAAGAAAGGCUGACCUCCGUCUCCGUUCGAAUCGGAGCCGAAGGCAAUCGGCCAUGGUUUUCCUUAAGGUGGAUAUGUCUUGGAAUGUGUUGAUCUCACCUAGCGAGCUGAGCCCCAAGGGUCUCUUGCUCCGCAAGGCUGUCAUUGUUAGUCUUCUGGAGGAGAUAGCAAACAGGAAGGCCUCCAAGGAUCAUGGUUACUACAUUGCUGUCAGUGAGCUGAAGGCGAUAUCAGAAGGGAAAGUGCGCGAGCUGACCGGAGAUGUUCUUUUCCCAGUGACAUUCACCUGCAUCACACAGAAGCCUACGAAGGGCGAGAUCUUAGUUGGCUCUGUGGAUAAGAUCCUCAAGCAUGGCGUGUUCCUCAAAUCUGGACCAAUAGAAAGCAUCUUCCUGUCAGAGAAGACACUGAGCGACUACAAGUACAUCGGUGGGGAGAACCCUAUGUUCAUGAAUGACCACUCGAAGCUGGAGAAGGACACCGCUGUGCGCUUCAAGGUGAUGGGUUUCCGCUGGAUGGAAGCUGAUCGCCAGUUCCAGAUCCUUGCUACCCUGGCUGGUGACUAUCUUGGGCCACUAUGAACUGCUUCCACAGGUUAGUGGUGAUGAAUGGAUCUGAAAUGUAUUAUCUUUAACCUGCUGUCUGUAGUUUGAUGUCAUGAUGAUGAUGAUUAGACCAGUAGCUGUGAUGCUGGCUGUUGAUGUAAGUGACAUUUGGCCCUAUGUUUAGCAUUUCAGCAUGAUGCGAAUUGUCAUGGCCGUUUAACCUCUGUUUCCUAUCGCUGCUCACAGUUCUCCUAUGCAUAUAUUUGCUGCAUUCCUUUC